ACACUAUUGACCAAGAAGAGAAGGAAGCUUCUGGGAGAAUCAUGGAAAUUGUGGUUGCUGGGCAACUUUGUUCUUACUUUUUAUGAACUGCUGCUAACAUCCUUUUCACAUCUUGGGAUGGAAGCAGGAGAGAACUCUGUGCUUGUUAGGAAGCAGGCCCAAGAAGGCCUACUAUCCAUCCCUGCAGAGCCUCCGUCUGGCAAAGGCAUCUUGAAUGGCCCCGAGCUAAGCAUAGCUUCUCUUGUCUCCACGCUGACUUCCGCCGUGUCCAACCAACAUGCUAUGAGCCUGGCGAAACUCCAUCACGAACUGGAGGCCAUGGAGAAGGAAAGGAAACGCUUCCAGAAAGCGGUCACGGAUGCUUUGCUCAACCUGGAAGGCACCCUGGGGACCUUGAGAGAGACAACGACCAAACUUGAAACCAGAACCUCGAAGGUGGAACAAAGGAUGAGAGAAGAAGAGGACAGAGGCAGCGCUCGGAGCAAAGUCCUGGCGUUCCUGUUGUCUAGAGAGAAGGAACUACGCAAAAAGUGUGCCGUUCUAGACAAGAUGUUUCUCAAGAAGAGCGCCUGGCUGGAGGGGAAGGUCCAUAGAUGGAAGAACCCUUAGCAAAACCCAGCAAAACCUUCCCAUUAAAAACACAAUAAAUCCAAA